CCCUGGGACACAGACACGGCAGCCCAGGCCCUGCGAGGGCACAGCACUGAUGGCUCGGCUCCCCGGCAGCCGCCUGGGCCCCCCGCUGCUGCUUCUCUUGGUCACAUAUUGCCUCGCGGCCGCCCGCGCUGACCUGCUGAGCCUAAACUGGCUGUGGUCCACUAGGACCGACGGGCCCACAGCCGAACUGGUCUCUGAGCCCCCGGGGAGCCCACAUGGGCAGCCCAGAGAGGACACCGGCACACGCGUGGCCCCCCAGCAUGGCCCCGUGGAGCAGGGGAGAGCCCCUGCCAGCUCGGAGCUCCCCGUGGAGAGGCCGGAGCCUGGCCCGGGAGGUACCUCCCCCGCGGGCCCGGACACGAAGGAGGAGAACAUCGCCGGCGUGGGAGCCAAGAUCCUGAAUGUGGCUCAGGGCAUCCGGAGCUUUGUCCAGCUGUGGGAUGACGCCACUCCCACCACGAGCCCCCCCGGGGCAGAGGCGCCAGCCCCUGUGACCCCCACGGCCCCCCUCACUCUCCCCGGGCCCUCCAGCACCCCCCAGGAGAACGGGACCGCCCUCUGGCUGGGCAGCGGGGCCCCGAGCUCUCCGGACACCCAGAGGACCGAGGCCGGCACCCUGCCAGUGCCCACCCAGCUGCCUCCCUUCCCGGGCGGGCCCUCGCCAGCACCACCUGCUGCAGGUAGAGCUUCUCCGUCCUCUGCGCGAGGUGGGGCCCCUCCCUGGGGGAGCCGGCAGUCCCCGGGGCGAUCCCCGGAUCGGGACAGCAGGGGACUUCUGCGCAUGGCAGCCCGUCCCGGCCAGCAGCACCGACGCCCUGGCAUCCACAGACGCACGCCUCCUCUGCUCCCCCUGGUGACGGGACCCCUGGGCGCUCUCACCGGCCCCUCGGCUCGCUCCUCCGGCCCCCCCACCCUGGUGUCUCAGAUCCUGCUCUCAGCUGUCCCCGGGGACGGGGGCGCUCGGGCUCCUCACGUGGCUGACUCUGUGGGGCCUGGUCUUGCUAAUCUCUCUGCACUGCUCGGGGCGGACCCGCUGACCCCCGCCGGGCAGCCUGUCCCUGCUGCCGGUGGCCGCUGCCUGCCCCUGCCUCCCUCCCUGCCCGUCUGCGGCCACCUGGGCAUUGGGCGUGCCUGGCUGCCCAACCACCUGCGGCACGGGAGCAGCGAGGAGGUGCGGGCCGCCGCCCGGGCAUGGGGGCACCUCCUCCAGACGCACUGCCACCGCUUCCUCGCCUGGUUCUUCUGCCUGCUGCUGGCCCCGCCCUGUGGCGCUGGCCCUCCGCCCGCGCCUCCGCCCUGCCGCCAGUUCUGUGAGGCCCUGGAGGACGCGUGCUGGGGCCACCUGGAUGGGGGAGGGCUGCCGGUCUCCUGUGCCUCGCUCCCGGCCCAGGAGGAUGGCCUCUGCGUGUUCAUUGGGCCGGGUGCAGAAAGCCUGGGCACGGAGGUGGGGCUCCUGCAGCUGCUUGGAGAGCCCCCACCCCCGCAGGUCACGCAGGUGGAAGACCCCGACGUCGGGCCAGCCUUCGUCUUUGGCCUGGAUGCCAACAGCGGCCAGGUGGCCCGGUACCACUUCCCCAGCCCGUUCUUCCGUGACUUCUCGCUGCACUUCCACGUCCGGCCUGCCACCAAGGAUGCGGGGGUGCUGUUUGCCAUCACGGAUGCGGCCCAGGCGGUGGUGUCCGUGGGCGUGAAGCUGUCGGGCGUACGUGAUGGGCACCAGCACAUCCAGCUCCUGUACACCGAGCCCGGGGCCACACGAACCCACACAGCCGCCAGCUUCCGUCUGCCCGCCUUCACUGGCCAGUGGACGCGCUUCGCCCUCAGUGUGGACGGCGCAACUGUGGCGCUGUUUGUGGACUGCGAGUUGUUCCAGAGGGUGCCCUUGGUGCGCUCCCCGCGGGGCCUGGAGCUGGAGCCCGGCGCUGGCCUCUUCGUGGCCCAGGCUGGAGGAGCAGAUCCUGACAAGUUCCAGGGGAUGAUCGCGGAGCUGAGGGUGCGUGGGGACCCCCACGUGAGCCCCCUGCACUGUCUGGAGGAGGACGAUGAGGGCGGCGGCAGGGUGUCUGGAGACUUCGGGAGCGGGCUGGAGGAGACCCAGGAGCCUCUCAGGGAGCAGUCGGGUCCGUCGCCCAAACCCAGCCUCCCCGAGGCUCCCCCGGUCACUUCUCCGCCCUUGGCUGCAGGCAGGGAUGUGGAAGACUCCAGAACUGAAGAAAUUGAGGAAGAAACCACGGUGUCCUCCUUGGGAGCUCGGACCCUCCCCGGCUUGGAAGCAGUCACCGCAGGGAGCGUUCGGAGCCCUGGGGGCGGCCUGGAAGAGGGUCCUGCAGUGCAGAGUCCAGAUGCACAGCCUGUACCCAGGCCACAGGGCCCCCCUGGCCCCCCGGGGCCUCCGGGGAAGGAUGGUGCCCCCGGAAGGGACGGUGAGCCGGGGGAUCCCGGUGAACAUGGGAGACCGGGCGACCCUGGGCCGCAGGGCUUCCCUGGAACCCCGGGAGACGCGGGCCCCAAGGGCGAGAAGGGCGACCCUGGGGUUGGGCCAAGAGGACCCCCGGGACCCCAAGGGCCUCCAGGGCCACCAGGACCCUCCUUCAGACAUGACAAGCUGACCUUCAUUGACAUGGAGGGGUCUGGGUUCGGCGGUGACCUGGAGAGCCUCCGAGGCCCCAGAGGCUUCCCUGGCCCCCCAGGACCCCCGGGCGUCCCAGGCCUGCCUGGAGAACCAGGCCGCUUUGGGAUGAACAGCUCAGACGUCCCAGGACCCGCAGGCCUUCCUGGUGUGCCCGGGCGAGACGGGCCCCCUGGGCUUCCUGGCACCCCGGGUCCACCGGGUCCUCCAGGAAAAGACGGAGGACCAGGGAAGAUGGGCCAGAAAGGCAGCCCCGGUGAAGUGGGCGCCCCAGGACCUAAGGGAAGCAAGGGUGACCCUGGGCCUGUUGGCGCUCCUGGGGAGAAUGGCUUGGCAGGAGCCUCCGGACCAGCUGGACCACCAGGGCCCCCAGGACCCCCUGGGCCACCAGGACCAGGACUUGCCGCAGGGUUUGAUGACAUGGAAGGCUCUGGGGGACCCUUCUGGUUGACGGCUCAAGGAGCCAGCGGGUCGCAGGGACUGCCCGGCCCGCCCGGAGUCAAGGGGGAUCCUGGAAUAACCGGACCACCGGGCACCAAGGGAGAAGUCGGGGCCGAAGGACCUCCCGGGUUCCCCGGCCUCCCUGGCAGAGAGGGCUCGGCUGGAGCCCAGGGACCCAAAGGAGAAAAAGGGACCCAGGGAGAGAAAGGCGACCCAGGGAGGGAUGGAGUGGGGCAGCCUGGCCUCCCCGGACCCCCCGGACCCCCGGGGCCUGUCGUCUACAUGUCGGAGCAGGAUAAAGUGCUGGGAGGCGUGCCGGGACCUGAGGGCAGGCCGGGGUUCGCGGGCUUUCCUGGACCGGCCGGGCCAAAGGGAAAUCUGGGCUCCAAAGGCCAGAGGGGCCUCCCGGGACCCAAGGGCGAGAAGGGUGAGCCGGGCCCGGUCUUCAGCCCCGAUGGCAGCAUGCUGGCCCCCGCCCAGAAAGGGGCCAAGGGAGAGCCUGGCUUCCGAGGACCCCCGGGCCCCUAUGGACGGCCGGGGCACAAGGGAGAGAUUGGCUUCCCUGGGCGGCCGGGUCGCCCCGGGAUGAACGGAUUGAAGGGGGAGAAAGGGGAGCCGGGACACAGCAGCAUCGGCUAUGGCGUGAGGGGUCCACCCGGUCCCCCAGGGCCUCCGGGGCCCCCAGGCCCUCCUGGGACUCCCAUCUAUGACAGCAACGCCUUUAUGGAGUCUGGCCGCCCUGGACCCCCAGGAUUACCAGGGCUCCAGGGGCCUUCUGGACCCAAGGGUGACAAAGGAGAUGUGGGCCCUCCAGGACCACCAGGGCAGUUCCCGUUCGACCUCCUGCAGCUGGGGACUGAAAUGAAGGGGGAGAAGGGUGACCGAGGGGACACCGGGCAGAAAGGAGAACGGGGUGCGCCUGGGGGCGGCGCAUUCUUCGGCUCAAGUGCGCCCGGCCCCCCCGGCCCCCCCGGGAUUCCGGGUCCCAAGGGAGAGAGCAUUCGGGGCCAGCCUGGCCCACCUGGACCUCAGGGACCCCCUGGCAUCGGCCAUGAGGGGCGUCAGGGACCUCCUGGGCCCCCUGGUCCCCCAGGGCCCCCUUCCUUUCCCGGCCCUUACAGGCAAACCAUCAGUGUUCCUGGCCCCCCAGGCCCACCUGGGCCCCCUGGGCCCCCUGGAACCAUGGGCACCUCCUCUGGGGUGAGGAUCUGGGCCACGUACCAGACCAUGCUGGACAAGGUGCCGGAGGUGCCGGAGGGCUGGCUCAUCUUCGUGGCUGAGAGGGAGGAGCUGUAUGUCCGGGUGCGCAACGGGCUCCGGAAGGUCCUGCUGGGGCCGCGGACGCCGCUCCCACGCGGGACGGACAACGAGGUGGCUGCCUUGCAGCCCCCCGUGGGCAACCCGUACCCCCGGCGGGAGCUCACCCACUCCACGGCGCGGCCCUGGAGGGCAGAUGACAUCCUGGCCAGCCCCCCACGUCUGCCGGACCCCCAGCCCUACCCCGGAGCCCCACAGCACGGCUCCUACCUGCACUUCCAGCCAGCUCGCCCCACUGGCGGGCCCACCCACACCCACCAGGACUACCACCCGGUGCUGCACCUGGUGGCACUGAACAGCCCCCAGCCAGGCGGUAUGCGAGGCAUCCGCGGGGCGGACUUCCAGUGCUUCCAGCAGGCGCGCGCCGUGGGGCUGGCCGGCACCUUCCGCGCCUUCCUGUCUUCACGGCUGCAAGACCUCUACAGCGUCGUGCGCCGGGCUGACCGCACAACCGUGCCCAUCGUUAACCUCAGGGACGAGGUGCUGUUCCCCAGCUGGGAGGCCUUAUUCUCGGGCUCCGAGGGCCGGCUGAAGCCCGGGGCCCGCAUCUUCUCUUUCGAUGGCAGAGAUGUCCUGCAGCACCCCGCCUGGCCCCAGAAGAGCGUGUGGCAUGGCUCAGACCCCAGCGGACGCCGGCUGACCGACAGCUACUGCGAGACGUGGCGGACGGAGGCUGCAGCAGCCACGGGCCAGGCGUCCUCGCUGCUGGCUGGCCGGCUGCUGGCGCAGAAAGCCACGGGCUGCCACAACACCCUCAUUGUGCUCUGCAUCGAGAACAGCUUCAUGACCUCCUUCUCCAAGUAG